AAGAUAUUUGGGAGUGGGAGAGAAAAAAGGAGAAAAUAAGGAGGACACGUAGGGCAAGGAAGCAGACAGAUGUUGUGAGUGUGACGUAAGGCAACUGAGUUUACGUGAAACCAAUGUCGGUAAGAGAAUUCAAAAACAAAUCUUCACGUCUCUCUCUAAACCCAACUCUCAUAUAUGUCUUCUUCCACUAACUACUUCCUCAACCUCUCCUUUAUAAAUAAACCUCGACUUCACUCUUCAUUAUUUAAGAUCACACCAAUCACAACUAACUCUUUUAAAUGAAGAGACAGAGAAAAGAUAUGGAGGAAGAAGGGACUGACGAUAUGGAGGAAGAAGGGACUGACGAUGAUGAUCACUCAUUGGCUGCUGCAGCGAUGGCGGUUGCGGUUGCUGCAGCGGCGACAACAGCAGCGGAAGAGGAGGAGCAAUGUUGGGGCGGUGGAGUGGUGGAGGAGAUGACGUGGAGCUCUGUGUGGUUGCCUUUUUGGGACGUUGAGUUCGUGGGAAGAAACUAUGGUGUCUUGUUCAAUGAUGUUGUAUGGGACGAUGAUAUUUGGAACAUCCACAAUCUAACUCAUCAUUCCUCAUAGUCCUUAACUUUUUGUUGUGUAUGAAAAAAUAAUCGGAUUAUAGUUCCCUUUCUAGAUAAUUUUCCUUUGUCCUCCAAUGGGUUAAUUUUAAAUCAAUCGUCUAGAUUUGUGAGUUAGUCCGUUUAUAAAAACUUAUGUUCAUAUUUUAAUAAUACUGUUAAAUGCAUAUAUUUAUCUUCUAUA